AUGGCGACACUCAAGCGCAAGAGCGGCUCCCUGGCCAAUGAGGGGGAGUCCAAGAAGCCCAAGGCAAAUGGCAACAUUGCCGCCUUCUUCAGUACGCCGAAGCCAAAGACGGCCCUGCAGUCCCCCACGCCAGCCGUCAAGUUCGACAAGCAGGCGUGGAUGGCUGGCCUGACGCCGGAGCAAAAGGAGCUCCUCCAGCUCGAGAUUGAGACGCUUGAUGAAAGCUGGCUGGCGCACCUCAAGGAUGAAGUCACUUCGAGAGAGUUUCUAGAGCUCAAGAGGUUCCUCGACAAGGAGACGGCGGCGGGCAAGAAGUGGUUCCCUCCAAAGGGGGAUGUGUACUCGUGGUCUCGCCACACUCCAUUCCAGAACGUCAAGGUUGUCAUCGUCGGCCAGGACCCCUACCACAACGUCAACCAGGCCCACGGCAUGGCCUUUUCCGUCCGGCCGCCCACUCCCGCACCGCCUUCUCUCAAAAACAUGUACAUUGCGCUGAAGAAAGACUACCCGAGCUUUACGUCCCCGCCCAAGAACGGCGGUCUCCUGAUACCCUGGGCCGACCGCGGCGUCCUCAUGCUGAACACGUGCCUCACAGUCCGGGCUCACGAGGCCAACUCGCACGCCAGCCGGGGCUGGGAGCGCUUCACGCAAAAGGUCAUUGACCUCGUCGCUCAGAAGCGCACGCGCGGCGUCGUCUUCAUGGCAUGGGGGACGCCGGCCGGGAAGCGAGUGCAAAAAGUGGACAGGCAGCGGCACCUCGUCUUGCAGAGCGUGCAUCCCAGUCCCCUCAGCGCGUCGAGGGGUUUUUAUGACUGCGGGCAUUUCAAAAAGGCCAACGAGUGGCUGGUUACGAGGUACGGCGAUGAAGGCGAGAUCGACUGGGCUCUGACACCGGGCACGUCGACCAAGAAGCCGGUCGUGCCGGCAGCAGUUGUCACGGGAGUCAAGGUAGAGAAGAAGACGGUGGACAUGUCCAGUUCGCCGGCGGGUAAAGCGGGCAAGACAGAAGACGAUAUUGACUCGGGUGAUGAGGAGGCUCUUGAAGAGGCCCUCAAGCUAGCAGAGGAGGAGGAGGCAAAGAAGUAA